CAUCCUUGUGGCCCCUUUCUUCCCAGGUGCCUGCUCCUCCUCCUUCUUCUUCGGGAGGAGCGCCUCUCUUGCCGUCUCGUCUUCUCUCUCCUUCUUCAGUGCCUUCCACUUCCAGCCAUGCAUCCUCCUCCCUGGCUGGCCAGGCUCUGCGCCCUGAAAAGAGAGGAGGAGGACUCCAAUGCUCAAAGCCAGCCAAUGCUCUGAAGGAGGAGGAGGGUCUCUCCCGCGCCCCAGAGACUACAAUGGAAAUCACUGCCAGGAGGCUUGCUGUGAGCUUUGCAUUUUGCCUAGUGUCUUUUCUGACUUGUGAGGGAACUUCAGAAAAAGGCAAUGCUUCUCUAUUGCACUUUACUCAUUCCCUCUAUAACGCCACCAUCUAUGAAAAUUCACCUCCCAAAACCUAUGUUGAAAGUUAUGUCAAAAUGGGCAUUUACAUCACUGACUCAACAUGGGACAUCAAAUACAAAAUAGCUUCUGGAGACACAAGUGGACUGUUUAAAGCUGAGGACUUUAUCAUUGGGGAUUUCUGCUUUUUGAGGAUUAGAACUAGAAGUGGUUAUACUGACCGAUUGAACAGGGAGUUCAAAGACAAGUACAUGCUGAUAAUCCAAGCCAUGGAGAAGACAUUUGCCUAUGAAGCCUGGGUCAAAGUGCUGAUCCACAUCCUCGACAGAAAUGAUCUGAAGCCACUGUUCUCACCCCCUUCUUAUAAAGUGACCAUCAAAGAGGACAUACCCCUGAAAGCCACAAUUGGUAUGGUCAGUGCCACAGAUGCUGACAUUGGCCAAAAUGCAGAAUUCUAUUAUGCAUUAAAUACAAGGUCGCCACUGUUUACCAUUCAUCCUUCCACUGGUGCUAUUAUGACUGCCAUGAGAUUGAAUGCCACCCACAGAGGAAAGCAGCAAUUAAAAGUUCUGGCUGUGGACCGGAUGAGGAAGAUCUCUGAAGGAAAUGGCUUUGGAAACUUGGCCAGCCUUACAGUCCAGAUAGAACCAUCUGUCAUGAAACCCCCUGUCAUUGUUUCAGUAACAAUGAGGGCAUCUGAUUCUGUUGAGGACAUCCUGUAUGCUACUUUGAAUGUAGAGGCAGAUGGAUCUGGAUCUGGAGUAGAUUCAGUUGACAUUGUUGGUGGAGAUGAAAGAGGGCAUUUCAAAUCCAUCAGAUCAUACAUAGGAAGUAAUGAGUUCAUGAUAGUGUCAGCCAAGGAGAUCAAUUGGAAUGACAACCCACUUGGUUUCAAUCUCAGCCUACAAGCUAAGGAUAAGAACAAGCCACCUCUUCUUUCUCAGAUUGUAGUUAUUCAAAUACCACCUUCAAAAUACACCUUUGCCCAGUUUGAAAAAGACGUGUAUCAAGUCCAAAUCAGUGAGUUUGCUCCUCCUGGGACUCAUGUUGUUUUGGUUCAAAUUACUCCAGUCCUAACAAACCUUAAAUACAUAUUGAAACCCAGUUCUGAUAGCACAGGCUUUAAAAUCAAUCCUCAAACUGGCCUGAUAACUACAGACAAAAUAAUAGAUUUUCAAGAACAGUCCCACUUUGAACUUAAAGUUACAACCAGUUAUAACCAGGCCUCUGUCACAGUCAUUGUUGAUGUUAUUGACUGCAACAAUCAUCCUCCAAGCUUCACACAGUCGUCAUACCACAACACCUUUGAUGAAAAUCUGCCUUCUGGCACCAGUGUCCUCUCAGUGAAGGCUACUGAUAGUGACUCUGGUGAGAAUGGCUUCAUCACGUACACUAUAGCCAACCAGAAAGCUGUUCCAUUUGUCAUUGACCCAUUUUCGGGUGUUAUUUCUACCACCAAGUUAAUGGAUUAUGAGUUAAUGCAGAGAUGGUACCAUCUGCGUGUCUGGGCAUCAGACUCAGGAUCUCCUUUUCGUCAUCAAACAGAAGUUUAUGUUUCCCUCAUUUUGAAUAACUUGAAUGAUAAUGCACCAGUGUUUGAAAAGAUUAACUGUAAUGGAAGUGUUCCAUGGGACUUACCUGUUGGACACUCUGUUGUUACAAUGUCAGCCAUUGAUGUUGAUGAGCUGCAGCACAUAAAGUAUGAAAUCAUGUCUGGCAAUGAGAGACAGCUUUUCGAGCUGGAUUCUGUAUCUGGUGUAAUUUCUGUUAGAGCUCCUCUCAGAGAUUUCUAUGCUGAACUACCAAAUUUCCAUACUCUCAGAAUUACUGCUACAGAUGGUGAUAAUUAUGCUUUUCCAACAUGGAUAAAUAUCACUGUUGUCAACCAGAACACCCCAGUCUACUUUCACUGUGAACAAACUGGGGUGUUACAGGAAGUGGCUAAGACCAUAAUUCAUUCUAUUGACUCCCAGUCUCCAGAAAAAAACUUGGAUGAAGAGUCCACCUUGAAUGCACAUCUUAUAAAUCAUCAUGCCCCACAGUUCGAUGACACCUUUCCAAGAUCUAUUGAUGUACUGGAGACAAUCCCAGUGAACUCGACUAUAACUCAAUUGACAGCCAUAGACAAUGAUACUGGCUUUAAUGGAAAGAUAGUUUAUGUGAUAUCCUCUGGAAAUGAAGAUAGCUGCUUUUAUAUUGACACAGAAACAGGUCUUCUUUUGGUGUCAUCUCCAUUUGACCAUGAAAGAACAAGUUGCUAUAUACUCAACAUCACUGUUUAUGACCUUGGCACUCCUCAAAAGUCAUCAUGGAAAUUGCUAGCAGUAAAUAUUCUGGAUACAAACGAUAAUGCUCCUGUAUUUUUGCAAAGUACAUAUUUGAUUACUAUACCAGAGGACAUAAACACAGGUGCAACAAUCACAGUGGUGAAAGCCAAGGAUGCUGAUACAAAUGACAAUGGGAGAGUGAAAUAUUCGUUCCUGGCACCUACUGAUAAAUUUGCCAUUAACAGUCUCACUGGUGAAGUAGUUGUAACUGCUCCUCUUGACAGGGAGUUGUGGCCUCAGUAUAUAUUAAAAAUUGAAGCCAGAGACCAGCCUCACUUGGACCACCAGCUCUUUGCAAUUGCUGAUCUGGUUAUUUCUUUAGAAGAUGUGAAUGACAAUUGUCCCCACUGCAUCCCAGCCUUGAAUAAGGUGAAAGUUCCUGAGGAUCUGCCUGUGGGGACAACUCUGCUCUUCCUAGAAGCCUUUGAUCCAGAUAGCAUCUCUGGGGCCGAGCUGACAUAUAGCCUGUUUGAUGAUACUGAGAAUACAUUUCAUCUGAAUGAGCUGACAGGAGCUCUGAUCUUGGAGAAAGAGCUAGACUAUGAGAAGAGGAACUUUUACAACCUAUCUGUGAAGGUCAGUGAUGGUGGGAAGCCCCAGUCUCACUCAUCUAUCUGUCACGUUGAGAUCAAGGUGUUGGACGUCAAUGAAAAUUUGCAUCCUCCUUGCUUUAGUUCUUUUGUAUAUGAAGGGUCAGUGGAAGAAAACAGCCCAGAGGGAACAUCUGUGAUGAGAGUAAUAGCUCAAGAUGGUGAUAAAGGGAAAGAUGGAGAAAUCCAGUAUUUCAUCAGAGAAGGAACAGGCCUGGCUCUCUUCGAUAUUGAAAAGGAUACAGGUACAAUUUUUACAACAAGGCCACUAGACAGAGAAUCCAACUCUCAUUACUGGCUGACAGUGCUAGCUGUUGAUUUAGGAUCAGUCCCUCUGUCUUCUGUGGUUGAAAUUUACAUUGAAGUCACCGACGUAAAUGACAAUCCACCCCAGAUGUCCAGUCCUGUCUUUUAUUCCUCUGUUAUGGAGAAUUCACGGGCCAAUACCUCCAUCCUUCAGGUUGAAGCCACUGAUCCAGAUUCUGGUUCCCAAGGGAAGCUGACUUUCCACAUCGUCAAUGGAAAUCAUCAAGAUUUUUUUGCCAUUAAUCCUGAAACCGGUCUGAUUUAUACCACUUCUCAGCAGCUGGAUCGUGAAUACAAGGCUGAACAUAUCUUGGAAAUCUCUGUUUCAGACAAUGGUGAUCCAGCACUGAAAUCCACCAGUAGAAUAGUAAUCCAGGUCAUGGAUGUCAAUGACAAUGCUCCCAGCUUCUCCCAAAAAUUCUUCAUGGUUAAGCUCCCAGAAAAAUCAGCAUCUGAAACUCCUUUGCCAGUGUAUAGGAUGAUUGCUGCUGAUCGUGAUGAAGGGCCAAAUGCCCAAGUUACCUAUAGCCUUGAAGAAAACAAUGAGGGAUUCUUUACAAUCCAUCCAGUGACUGGCAUGGUAUUCUCCAGAAAGGCUUUUCCUGCCCAAGAAUAUAACAUACUGACGGUCAAAGCGACUGACAAUGGCAGACCCCCACUUUCCUCCAAUGUGAGGCUUCACAUAAGUUGGAUUCCUAAGCCUCCCCUUUCAUCAGAGCCACUAGCUUUUGAUGAACCUCAUUUCAACUUUGCAGUCAUGGAAACAGACCCAGUGAACCACAUGGUGGGAGUGAUAAGCAUGGAGGUUGGGCUCAACCAACUCUGGUUUAACAUCACAGGUGGUAACGAUCAAAUGGAUUUUGAUAUUGAGAAGAGCACUGGCAGCAUUGUCAUUGCAAGAGCCCUGGAUGCAAAGAAAAGAUCCAAUUACAACCUCACAGUGGAAGUCACCGAUGGAUCAAGCAUCAUCAAGACACAGGCCUAUGUCCGAGUGAUCGGCAUCAACCAGCAUGGCCCCCAGUUCUUGGAAUACCAGUAUGAGGUGCACAUUCCUGAAGACACACCACCUGGGACAGAAUUCAUUCGGGUCGGUGCAACAGACAAGGACCAGAAGAAAGGACUGAUCUAUACCCUUCAGAGCAGCGUGGAUCCCAGAAGCAUGAAGCUGUUUCAGAUGGACCCCAGCAAUGGUGCACUCAUGUCUGUAGCAGGGCUUGAUUUUCAAACGAUGUCACUGCACACAUUGACAGUUAUGGUGCGAGACCAAGAGGGCCCAAUCAAGCGAGACUUUGCCAGAGUUGUGAUCCAUGUUGAAGACUGCAACAAUCAUCCUCCCCAGUUCACCAACCUCCAUUACAAUGCAGAGAUUCUGGAUGCAGCUCCAGUAGGCACAGAGGUUGCACAAGUCCGAGCCCUGGAUCAGGAUCAAGGAAUUAAUGCUGAAAUCCACUACCACCUUGUGGCAGGCAACAAUGGAGAUUCCUUCACCAUUGACAUGUUCUCUGGAAUUAUUACCAUUUCCCAUAAGCUCCAUCACUCCAAACAAGAGAGAUUCACUCUCACUGUAAAGGCAGAAGAUCAAGGAUUUCCCCAGCUGAAGGAUUCAGCUACAGUGAAUAUUUACAUUAAGCCCUCUGAUGACACACCUCCACAGUUCUCUGAACAGCAGUAUGUUGUAGAGAUCAGUGAAUUUGCUGUUAUUGGUUCUUCUGUCAUUUUUGUUUCAGCUACUAGCCUUUCUUCAGUUACUUAUGAAAUAAAAGAAGGCAAUGAGGAUAGCUUAUUUUCCAUCAAUUAUCAAUCUGGCCUUAUUUCUCUGCAAAAGAAUCUAGAUUUUGAGCAGUCUUCAUCUUAUCAAUUGAAAAUCCGUGGCACCAACAUGGCAGGAUCAUUUAUGGAUGUCCCAGUGUUUGUUUUUGUUGUAGACGAGAAUGACAAUGCACCCGCCUUUGAUAAGCCAUCCAUUGUUGGCUGGAUCAGUGAGAAUGUUCCUAAGCAUAGUAUGGUUGUGGAUGAAAACAAUGCCCCACUAGUGAUACGUGCAUCAGAUGCUGAUCAAGACUCUAAUGGUUUGUUAGUCUAUGAAAUUUUACAGCCAGCGGCACUGAAUUUUUUCAAAGUAGAUCCUGGCAUGGGCACUCUCACAACUCUUGCUGAGAUUGAUUAUGAGCUUUUCCCAGUUUUCCACUUCAGUGUUCAUGUGCAUGACAGUGGCUACCCCACUUUAUUUGCUUCCAAACCUACUGAAGUCACCAUUUACAUCAAGGAUGUAAAUGAUUGUCCUCCAGCAUUUACAAAAGAUAUUUAUGAACUUUCUGUAAACCUUCCUGUCCAUCCCAAUAUGGAGAUUUUUACAGUACAUGCAGAAGAUGUCGACUCAGAGAUAAUCUACAGUAUCUUUGAAGGAAAUAAUGACAGCGUUUUCUACAUCUGCCCAACAACUGGUGUCAUCUUUGUGUUAAACACUACUACCUUAGGCCUCUAUCAUGAACUCACCAUCAGAGCUGGUGAUGGCUUAUAUACAACUAGUGCUUUGGUUAGAAUUAAUUUUGUUGAGGCACAAGAAAGCAGCUUAAUAUUUGAUCAAGAUUUAUAUACAGCAACAGUGAAGGAAAACUCCACAGAAGUUCAGACUCUGACUGUUCUUGGUGUCACUGGAAAUCAACUGAAUGAACCGCUCUUUUAUUCUGUCAUGAAUGGCACAGAACAGUUCAGGAUAAUCCAGUCUUCAGGAGUGCUCCAGACCAAGGGUGUGGCAUUUGAUCGGGAAACUCACGAUAUGUAUGAGAUUGCAGUGGAAGUAAAAGACAUUAGAAAUCCACCCAGGGUAUCUCAAGCAUUAGUAAAAAUAUACGUGGAUGACAUUAAUGACAACCCUCCUUAUUUUGAAAAUGCACCCUAUUAUGUAGUAAUACAAGAUGGCACUGAGCCAGGUGAUGUCAUCUUUCAGGUGUCUGCAACGGACAAGGACCUGGGAAAUAAUGGAGUAGUUUUUUACUCCUUUGUAGAAGACUACAAAUACUUUUGGAUUGACCCAUACUUAGGGGAUAUCUCACUCAAGAAACCCCUUGAUUAUCAGGCAUUAAAUAAAUACACACUCCGGGUUGUUGCCAGAGAUGCUGGUGAGCCUCCCUUGUUUGCUGAAGAAGAGGUUCUAAUCACAGUGAGGGACAAAUCGAACCCCUUGUUCCAGAGCCUCUUCUAUACUGUGAAAGUGCCUGAGAACAUCCCAUACUACACACCAGUUCUCCACAUCCAGGCUCGGAGUCCUGAGGGCUUGCGCUUAAUAUACAAUAUUAUUGAAGAAGAAGCCCUGAAAAAGUUCAGCAUUGACUUCAAGACUGGUGUACUUAUGGUCACUAGUCAACUGGAUUAUGAAUCUGAUAUAAAACAUACCUUUACAGUCAGAGCCACAGACACAGCUGUGGGUGCCUUUUCGGAAGCAAUAGUAGAAGUCCAGGUUGAGGAUGUUAAUGACAAUUCACCUGUAUUUUCUCAGAUGGUCUAUACAGCAUCUGUCUCUGAAGGUAUGCCACCACAGACCCCCAUUGUACAGCUCUUUGCUAAUGAUAGAGAUUCAGGGAGGAACAAGCUCAUUUCAUAUCAGAUUUUGGAAGACCGUUCAGGUGCAUCAAAGUUCUUCACUGUCGAUUCCAGUACAGGUGAAAUAACUACAACUCAGGUGGUAGAUUAUGAAGCAAACCAUGAAUUUCACAUCAAAGUGAGGGCCACUGAUUAUGGAGCACCUCCUCUCAGCAGUGAAGCCCUUGUGAUGGUCAGUGUAUUGGACGUCAACGACAAUCCACCCAAGUUCGAUCAGCUUCACUAUCAGGCCAAUGUGAGUGAAAUAGUCAGCUGUGGCCAUGUUGUGAUUAAAGUGCAGGCCUUUGACCCUGACAGCUGGGACACAUCUAGGUUGGAAUAUCUGAUACUUUCAGGGAAUGAGAAAAGACAUUUCACAAUGAACAGCACUUCAGGAAUCAUUUCCACACUGAACCGUUGCAAAAGAGACCUAGAACCUUUUUAUGAUCUCACAGUCUCUGCUUCAGAUGGAGUGUUUAAGACCACUGUGCCAGUAUACAUCAAUACCACAAAUGUCAAUAAACAUAGCCCAUCUUUUCAGCAGGAUGUUUAUGAAGCAGUAUUGGCUGAAAAUGCUAAAGUAGGAACUAAGGUGAUUGAGUUACUAGCGAUUGACCCAGAUGAUGGUCCAUAUGGCACUGUAGAUUAUACCAUCAUAAACAAGCUUGGCCAAGAGAAAUUUGCAAUUGAUGAACUGGGACGCAUUGAAACACUGCAAAAACUGGACAGGGAAAAUUCAACAGAGAGGGUUGUUGCUAUUAAAAUCAUGGCCAAGGAUGGAGGAGGAAAAGUGGCAUUUUGCACUGUCAAAAUCAUACUCACAGAUGAAAAUGAUAAUCCACCUCAGUUCAAAGCUUCUGAAUAUAUCUUGUCUGUCCAGUCCAAUGUGAGCAAAGGAUCCCCUGUCAUUCAAGUACUAGCAUAUGAUGCUGAUGAAGGAGUGAAUGCUGAUGUCAUGUACUCUGUUGAUUCAGUGGAGGAGGUUAUUGUGGAAGAUGUUAUUGAGAUUAACACUAUCACAGGAGUUGUUAAAGUCAAGGAGAGCCUCAAUGAGUUAGAAAAUAGAACAGUGAAUUUUAAAGUCAAAGCUGAAGAUGCCAGACCUCCUCAUUGGAAUUCUAUUGUUCCAGUCAACCUUCAGGUUGUUCCAAAGGAAGUGUCAUUGCCUAGGUUUUCUGAGCCACUGUAUACCUUCUCAGCAUCUGAAGACCUCCCAGAGGGAUCAGAAAUAGGGUCAGUUAGAGCUGUGGCAGAGGACCCUAUCAUCUACAGUUUGGUAAAAGGGACAACAGCUGAAAGCAAUGAAGAAGGCAUAUUUGCUUUGGAUAAGCAAACAGGGGCCUUAACUGUUCAAAAGGCAAUGGACCAUGAAAAGAUGAAAUGGUACCAGGUUGAUGUUUUAGCUCACUGCUCACACCAAGAUACUGAGUUGGUUUCUUUGGUAUCCAUAAACAUCCAUGUCAAAGAUGUAAAUGAUAAUAAACCCAUUUUUGAGGCUGAUCCCUACAGGGCCUUUGUUAUGGAGAACAUGCCAGCAGGAACUACUGUGAUUCAAGUCACUGCUAAUGACCAGGAUACUGGUAGUGAUGGGCAGGUGACCUACAGUUUAGGAUCAGAACCAAACAAUGUCAGAGAACUCUUCACAAUUGACAGUGAAAGUGGCUGGAUCAUGACACUUAAAGAGCUAGACUGUGAGGUUCAGGAAAUCUACCAGUUUUUUGUUGUGGCAUCAGACCAUGGCAGGAAAAUUCAGCUGUCUUCUGAAGCCGUAGUAGAGGUCACCAUCACUGAUGAAAAUGACAAUGCUCCACAAUUCACAUCUGAAAUCUACAAAGGUUCAGUGGUUGAAAAUGCUGAACCUGGGCAGAUGAUUACUACUCUGAGAACUAUUGACAAUGAUAUCUCAGAGCAAAACCGACAAAUCACAUGUUAUAUAACUGAAGGAGAUGUUCUGGGACAGUUCAGCAUUAAUGAGGCUGAUGGAGAAUGGAGGAUUUUUUCCAAGAAACCACUGGACAGGGAGGAUACAGAAAAAUAUUUACUCAGAGUUAUGGUAUCUGAUGGAAAGUUUCAAGAGGCAACAGAAGUGGAGAUCUCAGUCCUUGAUGUCAAUGAUAACAGCCCUGAAUGCAAGCAGACACCCUACAAAGAGAAAAUUAUGGAAGAUGCAUCUCAAGGGUUUCCUGUUUUGAAAGUGUCAGCCACUGAUGCUGAUGUUGGUAGCAAUGGCCAAGUUAUCUAUACUCUCCAUGGACCUGGUUCUGAGGACUUCCGAUUAGACCCCCAUACAGGGGAACUGACCACUUUUGCAUUACUUGACCGGGAGCUGAAGCCUCAGUACCAGCUUGUCGCCAAGGCAACAGAUGGAGGAGGCCGUUUUUGCCAGAUGGGCAUAACUGUGGACAUUGAGGAUGCAAAUGACAAUGCUCCAAGGUUCUUUCCCAGUCACUGUGCAGUAGCCAUCUUUGAUAACACCACAAUAAAUACACCCAUUGCAGUUGUUUUCGCAAGGGAUGCUGAUGAAGGUCAUAAUGCAGAAGUGGUGUAUUCUCUUGCUGAGUCAGCUAAUGGCCACUUUUCCAUAGAAGAGACAACUGGGGUGAUCCGACUAGAGAAGCCUCUAAUAGAAUUGCAGGCAUCCGCACUGGAGCUUACUGUGUGUGCCACGGACAGGGGUUUGCCAGACUCCCUCUCUUCCCUUGCUACUGUGGCUGUCUCUGUGGUGGAUCUAAAAGAAUAUCUGCCAGUAUUCCUGGACUCAGAAUAUGUGGUUGUGGUACAAGAAGAUGUGGCUGUUGGCACAGAGGUUCUGAAUCUGUCCUCGUUGACAAGAGAGAGUGCUCAGGGCACAGAAAUCAAGUAUGAAAUCACGAAUGGCAAUGAUCAUGGGAAAUUCAGGCUCCAUUCAUCCACAGGUAUCCUAUAUGUCAACGGGAGUCUGGAUUUUGAAGUUAGCCAUGAAUAUUACCUGUCUAUUGAGGGUACAAGAAAGGGCUCUGCUUCUCUCAGUGAUAUUGCAAUGGUUGUGAUUAAUGUCACAGACAUAAAUGAGCAUAUGCCAAAGUUCAGCCAAGAUCUUUAUAUUGCUGACAUCCGUGAGGAUGCUGCUGUUGGUGAAAUGGUACUUAUGGUUUUAGCUGAUGACAAAGAUGGGGCAAUGAACAACCGGAUCAUGUACUCCAUUGUGGCAGGGAAUCCACUGGGCCAUUUCAUCAUUGACCCCCAAACUGGAGAGAUACAUAUUGCCAAGUACUUGGACAGGGAAGAGAUAUCCAGCUAUUCUCUGAAAGUCCAAGCCACAGACAAUGGGCAGGUGCCUCUUUCUAGUGAUACCACUGUACUCAUUCAUGUAUCAGAUGUCAAUGAUAAUCCACCAAGGUUCUUUCAGCUUAAUUACAGUACAGCAGUUCAGGAGAACUCUCCAGUUGGCACCAGUGUCCUGGAGCUGGUCAUGAGUGACAGGGACUCCCCAGAGAAUGGGCCACCAUAUUUUUUCAAAAUCACUGAAGGAAAUGAAGGAAAGGCAUUCCAGAUCAACCAGGAUGGAGUGCUGGUUACUUCUUCCAUCCUGAACAGAAGAGCAAAGGAUCAAUACCUUCUGCAGGUCCAGGUCACAGAUAGUGGCAUCCCUCCUCUGUCUUCAUCUGCAUUUAUAAAUGUCCGGGUGACACAGCAAAGCAGAUACCCUCCUUCUGCACUCCCACUGGAAAUUUUCAUCACUACUAAUGAAAGAGUGUUCCGAGGUGGAGUUCUUGGCAAAAUCCAUGCCACAGAUCAAGACCCUCAUGAUACGCUGCUAUACACGUUAGUGUCCAAAGCACCUAAAAACAGAUAUUUUUUAGUGGGGGUUACAGAUGGAAAGAUUAUUGCUAACGAUGGCCUUCCACAUGGCCACUAUGAUCUGAACGUAACUGUCAGUGAUGGAACUUUUACAGCCACAACCACCAUCCACAUUCAUGUUUGGUCCUUCAGCCAGGAAGCAUUGGAUAAGGCUGUAGUGCUGCACUUCCACCACCUUACCCCUGAAGAGUUUAUAGGGGAUCACUGGCGCAAUCUGCAAAGAUUUCUGGGAAGCAUCUUAGAAACCAGGCGACAGAACAUCCACAUGGCUAGUUUGCAACCUUCAGGAGUGUCUGAUGGUGUGGACCUCUUGCUAGCUAUCGGAGAACCUCACCAUGCAUUCUACAAGCCCAAUUUCAUUGCUAGCAGAAUUUAUCAGGCAGUUGAAGAGAUGGACCAGCGAGUAGGGCUGCAAGUGAAAAAGGUGACUCAUGUUCCAUGCUAUGCGGCAGACUGUACUGCCCAGCGGGCCUGCAAAGAGACAAUACAGCUUGACCCAGGCAUGGUGUUCACCUACAGUACUGCUCGACUCAGUUUUCUCACUCCUCGGCACAACUUGGAACAAAUAUGUUCUUGCAAUGGCACAGCUCUAAGGUUCAGCGGACAUAGCUACAUCUGGUACCACCAUCAAGGCAAAAGGGACUGGCAGAUGCAGUUGCAUUUGCAAACCCACCAGCUCCAUGCCAUAAUGCUCACUACGAAUGGAAGCAAUAGUGCUGUACUGCAGCUUGUUAAUGGAAUACCUCACCUAGGGUACAGAUGUCGGAGUGGUUUUGUUGGUAAUCUUUCAUCCAGCCAUUUUGUGAGUGACAGAGCCUGGCAUUCAGUCCUUCUGGAGGUGAAAAGCCAUUCCAUCCAUUUGCUUGUUGAUGGUUCAGCAAAUACUUCUCUCCAGCUGCCAGAGGCCUGCAGUGUUUCCCAUUCCAGGAGAGAUCUGCUCAUCGGGGGAUUUGUUCAGCAUCAUCAGGCUCAGAGGGUCACCAGCGGAUUCAGAGGCUGCUUGGAUGCCAUUAUGGUGGAUGGAAGAGACCUGGUGGUUCUGCCAAAAGAGAAGCGGUCCAGAGGGGUUGUUGAAGAAGCAGGUGUUAGGCAAUGCUGCCCUCAUACCGGUGCUUGCAGAAGCAACCCCUGCCUCAAUGAUGGACUCUGUACUGAGAUGCAAAAUGGAGGUUAUUCUUGCAUCUGCCCCUUGCAGUUUUCUGGUGACCACUGUGAGAUGACUGACAGCCUUUGUGAAAGCAAACCCUGUUUACAUGGUGGGACUUGUGCCCUCUCAGAGAAAGGUGGCUACACCUGCCAUUGCCCAGAGCGAUACUGGGGAGAAAGGUGUGAAAAAUUUGCAGAGAAAUGCCUAGAAAAUCCAUGUUUGAACUCUGGACGUUGUGUGAAUUCUGAUGGCUCCAUUCACUGCAUUUGUACCAAGGAUUUCCAGGGAGCGUUCUGCAAACAGAAAAUUGUGACUCCAAAUAUUAGUCCAUCCAGCUGGAUCCUGGCACCUGCAGAGAUUGCCAAGAUUUCUGCCGGAGUGUUAGGUGUCAUCAUUCUUGUAGUAGGGUUCAUCAUCAUACGCAAAUGCUAUUGCCACAAAGCCAAAGCCCACAAACCAGUUGCCAAAGAAGACCCAGAUCUGCUUUCCAAAAGUGAAUUCUCCAAGAGUGUUGGGGUUGGCACUCAAGGUCUUCCCCCGAUUGAACUGAACAUCCUCAGCGACACUCAUCACCACAACCAACUCAAUGCACUAGACCCAGGCAAGCCUACUGUGGGGUCAGAAUUCAUCACCUUCAACACGAACAAUGUCCAGAAACAAAGGGGUGCCAUUGUAUGCAGUGUGGCCCCCAAUCUCCCAAUUACUGCGCCCUCAUCUAACUCAGACAAUGAGUCCAUCAUCAAGAGCAGCUGGGCUGGAGAAAAGAUGGUGUACCCAGGAGAAACAACCUAUUGGCCGCCAAGAUACCAGCCAGCUAAUAUCCAAGACUAUCAUCAAUAUGAAGUUAUCGAAGGCCCCCUUCCACCUUCUCCGCACCAUCGACCCCCUCCUUCUGUAGACUCAGACUCAGCUGGUCGUUAUGGUGGCUUUCCUUUCCCACUUGACCAAAGCAACAAACGAGCGCCUAUCCCACCCCGUUACAGCAACCAGAAUUUGGAAGAUUUCUUACCACCUUGUUUAGCUGAGCUACCUGCUUCCCAGUGUCAGAAUGAAUACACUGCCAUUAGCUAUUAUCCUUCCCAGCUAGUAGAAAAUGAGAGACCACCUUACCAUCCAGACAAUGGGUACAAGAGGGUAAGCAUGCGGCUCAGUGUAGCCCAGCCCUCCUAUGCAGACUGUGAGGUGAGCCCCACAUCCAAUGUUAGAACUCAGCCAGCAUCACCUCCUAAUUAUGAGGGCUCUGACAUGGUGGAGAGUGACUAUGGGAGCUGUGAAGAGGUGAUGUUUUAGUGGGACUCUAGCUGGAAACUAGAACGAAUGCUCUACAGCAAAUUAACAUGCUUCAGAGUGAUAGGAGAUGCAGCUUAUACUGAGUAUCGAUUUCCUGGAACUUUCUGUUGUAUUCUUCGCAGCAGCAGCAGCAUUUCCAUAUGUAACUGAGGCUGGGGUCCUAUUUACCAGUUACAUAGCAUGAAAUCCCGUAAGGGAUGCUGAGCCGUAAGACUGGAUUGCAACACUGGAGCCCUCAUUUGAACAAUGAAUUGUACAGUUGAGCAGUCUCUUGUUGCACAACGGUCACUUCGAUCCCCACCUGCCAUUAAGAAAUGGGCUUAGCAAGUUCCUAAGCUUGCACAUUGGUUUACAUUGGUAUCACAGGGCUUGUACAACACUUUGUAAAAUGCUACCAUUGCACAAUGUCGCAGAAAGUCCGAUCUCUUACACCAGCAUAAAGCCACAACAGGAUUCCAGCUAACAUGGGGAACUAGCACUGGUGCUUCUACUCACAGCCCUGGCCAAGGACCUCUGUUCUGGGUUGGAUUCCAAACAGACCUUGUUGCUGUUUUGAGCUGGAUUGCAUCAGGAGAGCAACAGAGGGGUGCAUAGCAAGCAAGUGUAAAAGAACUUUGAUAGAACGCCAGCAACAACCUGACCUUAGCAACAGUGAUAUCUUUAAAAGCAAAUGGAGAACUGCAACAUCCUCUCCUAAACCCCCUGCAUGGACAGCAUAUUCAUCCACAGACUUCACACAGAAACAAGAUAUAAUUUGUGAUAACUGAAGAACAGCAUGUACAUAUGGUUAUCAAUUCCCAAGGCAAUUGCCAUUGUGAUUGAAUGGAUAAAGUAAUGUAAAAUGCAGGAAAAUGAAAGUGGUGGUCAGAAAUAUGUUAUUUGUGCCUUUAGUUCUGGUAUCAAUGGUUUCCAUUGGACUAAAAGUUUCCAAAGAGAACUGGGAUGGAAGUGGGGUUGAUCAAUGGCUCUCUUACAGUUGUGUGUCUCCUUGCUGCUUUCAUAAGGAAGGCCAUAUAUUGUCACGUUCAUUCAUUCUCUGGCCUGUCAUCCUCAAGAGAGUUGAAUGAAGAGGGCCAAGUGUGGAACAAAAAGGAGAACAGUUGCAUUUCUAUAGGAUGAAGAGAUACUACACUGAAAGUGUUGUCUCCUUAGUGCCACAAACGGUUACAAGCCACUGACAGUAAUAAAUGCAGACAGAUGUGUAUGAAAGUAGUUGUAGCUCUUUCUUAUAAAAGCUUUGUUUGUUACCUGUAAGUGACAUCCUUUCUAUUAAGAAAGACACAAGGGCUCCAUAUUAAUCAAAUCGAGACAUUCACUGAGAGAGACAAUUGACCUUUAUAUGGGUCCCCUAAUUAAACAAAUUACUAUUGUAUCAGAUUUCUCCGUAUACCUGUCCUUGGAAAUGAUAGGAGAAGUUCAAUACAUGCCAUGAACUGCAAAAUCUUAACUGUAAGUAUGGACACAUUUCUGCAAAGUUGUGUGUAUGUGAAUGUAUGAAAGAAGCCAUUUGUGUGUGAAAACAGGAAAAGAGAGCUGAAAUGAUGCAUGGAAUGGAUUAUUUAAUACAAGGCUGGCCUGUACCUUCAAUGCAUUGUACAUCUGAGAGAGUUUACUAUGAAUAUUUGUUUAUCAAAAUAAUAAAAGAGACUUUUCAACUA